AUGUCUGCUUUCAAUGUCUUAGCAGUUGGUAUUGAUCUGGGGACCACCUAUUCCUGUGUUGGUGUCUUCCAGCAUGGGAAAGUUGAAAUUAUUGCCAAUGACCAAGGCAACAGGACAACACCUAGCUAUGUGGCCUUUACAGACACAGAGAGGCUGAUAGGUGACGCAGCCAAGAAUCAGGUUGCAAUGAACCCUACAAAUACGGUUUUUGAUGCCAAGCGAUUGAUUGGCCGGAGGUUUGAUGAUUCCGUUGUACAGUCAGACAUGAAACACUGGCCAUUUAUUGUAGUUGAUGACAACACUCGCCCAAAGGUUCAGGUUGAAUACAAGGGUGAGACAAAGUCCUUCUACCCCGAGGAGAUCUCCUCAAUGGUGCUGACAAAGAUGAAGGAGAUCGCCGAGGCUUAUCUUGGCAAAACCGUCAACAAUGCUGUAAUUACGGUGCCCGCGUACUUUAAUGAUUCCCAGCGCCAGGCCACAAAGGAUGCGGGAACAAUCUCUGGUCUUAAUGUAUUGCGGAUUAUCAAUGAGCCAACAGCAGCUGCUAUAGCAUAUGGAUUGGACAAAAAAGUUGGCGCAGAGAGGAACGUGCUUAUAUUUGAUCUGGGUGGCGGUACCUUUGAUGUGUCCAUUUUGACCAUCGAAGACGGGAUCUUUGAGGUCAAGUCCACUGCUGGCGACACCCAUCUGGGUGGAGAAGAUUUCGACAACCGCAUGGUCAACCACUUCAUUGCAGAGUUUAAGCGCAAGUACAAGAAAGACAUCAGCGACAACAAAAGAGCCGUCCGGCGUCUUCGCACAGCAUGCGAGCGUGCAAAGCGCACAUUGUCUUCCAGCACUCAGGCAAGCAUCGAAAUCGACUCCCUGUACGAGGGAGUCGAUUUCUACACCUCAAUCACGAGAGCUCGCUUCGAAGAGCUCAAUGCAGACCUCUUCCGCGGCACCUUGGACCCAGUGGAGAAAUCGCUGCGUGAUGCCAAGAUGGACAAAGGGCUGAUUCAUGACAUUGUCUUGGUUGGGGGCUCCACUCGCAUCCCCAAGAUCCAAAAACUGCUUCAGGACUUCUUCAAUGGCAAAGAGCUGAACAAGAGCAUCAAUCCAGAUGAAGCAGUUGCCUAUGGUGCUGCUGUCCAGGCCGCCAUUCUGUCUGGUGACAAGUCUGAGAAUGUCCAGGACCUGCUCCUUCUUGAUGUUACUCCUUUAUCGCUGGGUAUUGAAACGGCAGGUGGUGUCAUGACUGUCUUGAUCAAACGAAACACAACCAUUCCUACAAAGCAGACCCAGACCUUCACCACAUACUCUGAUAACCAGCCAGGAGUGCUCAUUCAGGUAUAUGAAGGUGAGCGUGCAAUGACCAAGGACAAUAACUUGCUGGGCAAGUUUGAGCUGACAGGCAUUCCUCCAGCACCCCGUGGAGUUCCUCAGAUUGAAGUUACAUUUGACAUCGAUGCAAACGGCAUCAUGAAUGUCUCAGCAGUUGACAAGAGCACUGGAAAGGAGAAUAAGAUCACGAUCACCAAUGACAAGGGACGCCUGAGCAAGGAUGAUAUUGAACGCAUGGUCCGGGAGGCUGAGAAGUACAAAGAAGAGGACGAUGUCCAACGUGACAAGGUGUCUGCUAAGAAUGGUUUGGAAUCCUAUGCUUUCAACAUGAAAUCAACAGUGGAGGAUGAAAAGCUUUCUGGCAAAAUCAGUGAUGAAGACAAAAAGAAUAUCUUGGACAAAUGCAAUGAGGUCAUCAGCUGGCUUGACAAGAACCAGACUGCCGAGAAAGACGAAUAUGAACACCAGCAGAAGGAGCUGGAAAAGGUAUGCAACCCAAUCAUCACAAAGCUGUACCAAAGUGCUGGAGGCAUGCCAGGGGGGAUGCCAGAAGGUAUGCCUGGUGGAUUCCCUGGUGCUGGUGGGGCCGCUCCUGGUGGGGGAUCCUCUGGCCCUACCAUCGAGGAAGUUGACUAA